AGCAACAAAAAAACCCCAUUAAAAUUACGAAUAAAUACAAAUCAGAGAUGAGACCGUAGGAAAAAGAUACAAAAAGUGGAAAGAAAGGUGAAGAGGGAUGGGAAGGUUAUAAAUACAAGAAUGAAGAGAUUCAAGAAAAGAAACAAGGAGGAAGUAAGAAGCAGAGGAAGGAGGAAGGAGACUGCCAAUAGGACAAUCAGGCAGAAUAUAGGAAAGGAGAUGAAGGAAGAUUGCAAAGGAUGAACUGUGAGUAAGUGAGAAAAAGACAAGGGAGAAAGAAUACAAAUGUGCAAAGGAGGAGAGGAAGGGCUGAUAAGAAGAGGGAGGAUAAUAAGAAGGACCAAGAGGGGAAUGGAAAUAGGAAGUAAGAGAGAAGAGGAGGGAGAAGAGGUAAAAAGAUACAGCACAGCUGUUGGUCUUCCCUCCAGGGAGCCCUCUGGUGGGGAGAUGUUGAGAAGACGUGGGGAUCACAUGCUGCUCCUCAGCAAAGGACCCCAAGGAGGCUGAAGGAUGUCAUCAACUCUCUCAUCACCGGCCUCAUGCUAACUGGCAAUGACACACAAUGCAAAGAAACGAGUAACAGUAAGGCAGGUCUAACUUUUUGGGAGGCAGGUCUAACUUUUUGGUUUUCGUCAUUGCAUUGUUUCAGGAUUCAUCUCUCAUAUAUGGGCAGGGAUUGGUUUGUGGAAUCAAAUGCAUAUUUUAGGCCUACAUGUGUCAACAUCUGCCAACACAAAUAUUUUGCCACGAGAACAAUUCCGUUAAUUAAAAAAAACAUAUUUUUCAAUUUAUAUCAUCUCGGAUUAUAUAUUUUUAAGUGCAACUUUAUGAUUCUUAGACUAAAUAAAAGGGAAUAUUCUUCUUAUCACCACUAAGCCCCCUUUCUAUUAAACAUGAUGUAUAUUUUAUAAUCCUUAAUAAAGUCUAAGACCCACUUGUCAAAAAUGGUCUCUGGGCCAGUCCUGUUUGGCACUCCCCAUUAUUUCACGAUUGAUUUUUUUUUGUAAUUUACUAUUUUCCCAGAAAGUCUGAUUGUAGACAAAGCUAAAAUAACUAAGCUGAAAAACCCUUUCUCUCUAUAUUAAAACAUUCUGUUGUAAUGUAAAUGCUGUCAGAAGCAAACCAGGAAGUGAGGCGGAGUGAGUCUCUCGUCUCAACAAACGAUCUUCGGUAGUGACGUAUCAAUCGGACUUUUCAGCUAACUUAAGUUAGCUAACGUUACUUCACCCCGACACAAGAACCCCCAGCCACCGACGGGACGUCAUGUUAGGCACAGUACACGUGGUGGCCAGGGAGAUUUGUCCGUCUAUUGCCUCCCGUGGAUCAGCUGAGGAAGACCGGAGAACUCCGGGAAGGCCACAUCCUGCUCCACGGCCCCACGCCUGUUUGUGAGCCAAAGUCCCGGCGCACGCCGGAGCUUGCGUUUCAUCCCCGGAGUUGUUCAGAGGAGGACGGGGUCAACCGCUUCCUGCUCGGUCUGCAUCAGCGAUGUCUUUCACGUCUCGCCCUCGAGUCCCAGGACGACCUCUUGCGUGCGCCUGUUAGUUAGAGCUGGAAAGCUCACGUGAAGGCUUGUUAGCGUGCAUAGCUAACGCGAGCUCGCGGCGUACCGCUGCCACUGCACCUGGGGCGGCAGUUAUGUUCACUGUCAGUCAAGACAUAUCGAGAUCUUGGAGACGAGCCACGGGGACCAAUAGCACAUUUUCGUCUCUAUCCCACUGGAGCUGACAUUUCAGACGUCAUUGCUACCAAAGAACCAGAGGAAAGCUGUGUGGGGAGGGGGUUCUUUUAGGGAAGCGAACCUUCCUCCAACUUAGGCUGUCACUCCCGUUGACCUCGCCCCUAAACGUUGCUCUCCAGACGUGCGACCGCAGCUUCAUCGACCGUUGCCAUGCCGACCAACCAGUCGUCCCCCUGGGAUGGGGCGGAGCUCCGGCCGCGCUCCGACGCAGGUAGCCCCACCCGCGCCACCUCGGUCAGUGCGCGUGCCACCAAAGUGCCUUUCAGGCCGACUCCCGCGAGAGAGGAUCGAGCCAAACCCCUCUCCUCACACGUUGCCACGCCUGCCCCCCCGCCCAGGCAGGCGUGCGCGUCUGUGGCGGAGAACGGGUACAGAACUAAAACCACCGCCCAGAGCCAAUCCACCACAGUGCCAGAGGGGUCUCCACACCUGCCACGGACGCCGAAUGGGUUUCUCGGCCCACACCAGGGACCGAAGCAGGCUGGGGGCGGCCCCGCGGAACCCAGGGCCCCCCCGUCCGUCACCGAGGGGGACGGCCCGCUUAAUGUCCAGCCGGCGGGUGCCGUGCAGAAACCUGUGUCGCUGCAGGCCUCGCCGCCCGGAGGCAACGCAGCAACGGGCAGAAGUUCCGCCCCCACAGGCGACGCCCUAACCCUUAACCUGGGAUUGGAGCUUAUUUCUUCUAUUUGUUACCGGGACCUGUUCGUCAAAAGGCAGCCCAGCCCGCAGCAAACUGACUGCUCAACGCCUGAAGCAGCAGACCGUUCCUCCUCCUCCUCCUCCUCCUCCUCCUGCUCCACGCCGUCGGUGCCUCCUCUGUGCCUUACUCUCUCUGAACACCUGUGGGCGCCACUGAGAUCGGACACGCAGGACACAGUGAGAGAAACGAUGUCGGUCAAAGCGGCGGCAGCGGCGGCGUGCAGCCGGGCACAAAGCACGCGCACGCGGAUGAGCGCUUCGACCGCUCAGCUGGAGGUACGAGGUCGACCUCCGGCGGCGCUGGCAUCCGCCGCCAGCAGCAAGCCCCGAACCCUGGACCCCAAGCAGCAGGCCCCGGGGAGCUCCUCCUCCUCCUCCUCCUCCUCCUCCACCUCCACCACAUUCGGGAGAAUCGCUCUCCCCGAAGACGCCCCCCCGCCGACGGUGCCCAGCACCAAAGUCACAGCUGUGGCCCCUGCAGGAGCCCUGGUGGGCUCUGUGACCUCUCAGAUCUCUGCCAUCCAGCUCAUUGCCUCUUCCCCGCCUCCACCCCCCUCCUCACCCUCGCCGAUGGAGGCCCGGCUGGUUGAAGAGUCUCAGCCGUCAGGCUCAGAUACCGUGAUGCAGGUCGAGGAGGGGCUGCCCGAUGAGCUGGAGAAUGCGUGCAGUGAUGAUGAUGAUUCAGACUCUUGCUCCAUCAACGGCUCCUCAUCCACAGCAUCCAUCACUGCCUGUUCUGGCGUCGAGGGGCCGAUGUCACCGGCGGGCGAGGACGAGCGAGAGGAGCGACCCGCUUUGGUGCCCAGUCUGUUCCCCUUCGUCGCUCCAACCCUCUACUUCAGCACCGCCGAUGAGAAAGUGGAACUGCUGCCCGCCGAGCAACGGCGACUCUUGAAAUGGAAGAUCAGCACGGUGACCCCGAACAUCGUCAAGCACACCGUCGGCAGGUCGCACUUCAAAGUCACCAAGAAAAGCCACGACUGGCUGGGCUGCUGGGGACACCACAUGAAGUCUCCCUGCUUCAAGGCCCUGGCAGAGCACCAGAAGUUGAACCACUUCCCGGGAACGUUUCAGAUUGGCAGAAAGGACCGGCUGUGGAGGAACCUAUCCAAGAUGCAGGUCCACUUCGGCAAACAGGAGUUCAGCUUUUUCCCUCGAACCUUCGUCCUGCCUCAGGACACCAAGCUGCUCCGCAAGGCCUGGGAGGACGGGGGCUCCCGGCAGAAAUGGAUCAUCAAGCCGCCUGCGUCAGCCAGAGGAAUAGGAAUCCAGGUCAUCCACAAAUGGAGCCAGAUGCCCCGCAAGAGACCACUGCUGGUCCAGAAGUACCUUCACAAGCCCUACCUCAUCAGCGGCAACAAGUUCGACCUGCGGAUCUACGUCUACGUGAGCUGCUACGACCCGCUCCGGAUUUACAUCUUCUCUGACGGACUGGUUCGAUUCGCCAGCUGCAAGUACUCGUCUUCCAUGAAGACUCUGGGCAACAAGUUCAUGCAUCUGACCAACUACAGCGUCAACAAGAAGAACUCCGAGUACCAGAGCAACAGCGACGACAAGGCCUGCCAGGGACACAAAUGGGCUUUGAAGGCCUUGUGGCAGUAUCUUGGUUCUAAAGGAGUCAACACAACUCGUAUCUGGGAGAAGAUUAAAGACAUUGUGAUCAAGACCAUCAUUGGGUCGGAGCCGUACGUCAACAACCUGCUGAAGAGCAACGUGAGGACGCCGUACAGCUGCCACGAGCUGUUUGGCUUCGACAUCAUGCUGGAUGAGAAGCUCAAACCCUGGAUCCUGGAGGUCAACAUAUCACCAAGCCUCCAUUCCAACACGGCGCUGGAUGUUGCCGUUAAAGGUCAGAUGAUCAGAGACCUCCUGAACCUGGCAGGCUUCCGUAUUCCCCAAAAAGAGGAUGUGGUCGCGCCCUGCAGCAGCACCUCCAGCUCCACCAGCAGUCUGUGUGUGGGCACCAGGGAGAGGACCAAGCCGGAGCAGUCUGCCGACGAAAAGGUCAAACGGGCCUUUUACCUCGCCCAACGCUACGCCGACCAGGACUUCCUCUCCACGGUGCUGGACGUCCUGACCCCGGAGGACGUCCGCGUGCUGGCGGCCAGCGAAGACGAGCGCACCCGCGUGGGCCAGUUUGAGCGCAUUUUCCCGUCGCCGGCGUCCUCCCGCUACCUCCGCUUCUUCGAGUGCCCGAGAUACCUCAACAUCCUGCUGGACCAGUGGGAGCAGAAGUACUGGAGCAGCAGGUCCAAAGGUAUCAGUCUGCUGACGUCUCUCUGUGAGAAAGGAGUCCACCUGGGAACCAGUGACCCCCUCCACAUGUGGUCCAAGAGUAGCUACAUCUCCAGGUUUGAUCCCCACAAACAAGACCUCCUCGGCCCCUCCACCUCGAGGGUGGUGGUCACCCAUCAGCACCGCUCCCAGGCAGAGGACGGGGACGGGGACGGGUCCGACGCCGAGGCGGCCUCCAUCUCCAGCACCUUUUCUCCGAGUCCUGGAUCCAGCGUGUCCAGCAGCGUCUGUGCCAGCCCUCAGCCCGGCCGCGCCCGGCGCCGGCUGCCCCGCCAGUCCGCCUCCCUCUGAGGCCCGGGAGGCUCCCUCACC